CAGGAUGCAGUUUCCAUGACAACCUGGCCAGCCCGAGAGAAAGGCGGGGACUGCAGAAGGAAUUUUCCACAUGAGCAGGAAGGGGGGAGCGUGGGAUGCAGAGGAAAGAACCGAAGGGGGUUGGCAUGCAAGAUCCUGAGCCCCCAAAUUCCCCUGCCCAGGACAGGAGGACAGAGAGAACUUGGGGGAGGGCCCAUUGCCACACAUCUGGUCACAGGAAGGUUCCAGAAAGGCUCAAGGGUCAAAAGUCCAAAGGUCUGCAGCUGCCCUGGUCUGGGAGUAGGGCAGCCAGUAGCCCAGCAGGUGGACGGACAUGGCCCUGGACAAGGUCCCGAGGAAAGUGGGGGUUGUGGGCUAUGGCCGACUAGGCACCCUGACCUUGUGGUAGAAGUGGCCCACCCCCAAGUAAUCCACGAGUCUGGGGCACAAAUCCUGCACCAUGCCAACCUUCUGGUGGGGUCUGCCUCCGCCCUGGCUGACCCCACCACAGAGCAGCAGCUCCUGGAAGCCUCAAGACAAUGGGAUCACUCUGUGUUUGUGGCUCGAGGGGCUCUGUGGGGAACUGAGGACAUCAGCCGACUGGAUGCUGCGGGAGGUCUCCAGAGUCUUCAAGUCACCAUGGCCACACACCCAGAUGGCUUCCGCCUCCAGGGACCCCUGGCUGCAGCCCGCAGCACCAGGCCUCGCACCGUGCUCUAUGAAGGUCCUGUUCGUGGGCUGUGUCCCCUUGCUCCCCAAAACUCCAACACUAUGGCAGCGGCUGCCCUGGCUGCUCCAAGCCUGGGUUUUGACAACGUGAUUGGCGUGCUUGUGGCAGAUCUCAGCCUCAGGGACAUGCAUGUGGUGGACGUGGAGCUGCGAGGACCCCCAGGCCCCACGGGCCAGAGCUUCGCUGUGCACACUCACAGAGAGAACCCUGCCGCGCCAGGGGCUGUGACAGGCUCUGCCACUGUCACAGCCUUCUGGCAUAGUCUUCUGGGCUGUUGCCGGCUGCCCUCCAGACCCGGGAUCCAUCUCUGCUGAGGAAUUCCCGCCCCUCUCUCGUCCCUGCCAGCUCUCCUGGAGCCCGCCCCCUCCGGCCUCCGUAAGGAUCAGAGGCCCUGCGGACCCCGGGCUCUGGCCCCUCGGGUUCCAGUUGCCCCUCUGACGUCACACAUUGUGUGCCCACGGCGCAUGGUGUCAGAAUAAACCGGGUUACUGUAGCUC